CAGGAAGCGAGCAGAGGUUUGAUUUUACAGCUGCGCUCCCUUUUCCACUCAUUUAGCUCUGUGAAGCACAAGCGCUCCAGUUUUAAGCGCCUUGCACGGAGCUCGCAUUUUAUCAGAGUUUUCUUACACUGGCCGGCAGGCGUCUUAAGCAUAUAGGUGCUGCUUGACAAGGCAGAAUGAAUCCACCGUGGCCCAAAGGAAAGAAACUGGUCCACUUGGACUUGAAAGGCGCCCCGCCACGGGUUGAAUACCUUCACAGGCUGAUCGAGCUCUUCUCUCGACUGGGUGUGGACGGCCUGCUGGUGGAGUAUGAGGACAUGUUCCCCUACGAGGGAGAGCUGCAGCUCCUGCAGGCCACAGCGCAGCCUGCUUACAGCCGAGAGCAGGUGCUGUCCAUUCAGGAAUCUGCCAAAGCAAGAGGUAUGGAGGUGAUCCCACUUGUGCAGACUUUUGGACAUAUGGAGUUUGUGCUGAAGCACAGGCCCCUGUGGCACCUUAGAGAGGUCCCUCACUGCGUUGGCACAAUUAAUCCCCACAAAGAGGAAGGAGUCAAGCUGGUGAUGGAGAUGCUGAGGCAGGUGGUUGAGCUGCAUCCAAAUCUAAGAACGGUCCACAUAGGGGCAGAUGAGGUUUACACUCUUGGGGAAGGGGAGGACUCCAAGCUUUGGCUGGCUUCAACCGGUCGCUCAGUGGAACAUCUUUUUCUCAGUCAUGUGACCAAAAUUGCCAAGGCUAUUAAAGAGGCGUGGCCUGACAUGAAUAUCAUAAUGUGGGAUGACAUGAUGAGAGGCAUGAGCCAGGACACGUUGAAAGCAAGUGGAUUAGUUGGACUAGUUCAGCCCAUGUUAUGGGACUACACCCCAAACCUGGAUGUGGAUCAAACCGUGUCUUUGCUAGAGAAGUACCACGGCGCUGGUAUGUCCGAUCUGUGGGCAGCCAGCUCCUUCAAAGGCUCCACUUCUGUUCACACCUGUGUGACCUGCACCCAAAGACACGUGGAUAAUCACCUGCAGUGGCUGAAGGUGGCUGCUUCUCUGCCUGCCGCCAUUAACAUGAGAGGCAUCGCCAUCACAGGCUGGCAGAGGUAUGACCACCUGUCUGUACUGUGUGAGCUGCUUCCUGUAGCUCUCCCCUCCCUAGCAUCCUGUCUGCAGACACUUAAGCAUGGAGAAUUCAGCACUGAGGCUCUUAGAAACGUAACAGAGGUGCUGGGAGUGUCUUCAGUGGAGAUGGAGGCCAUGGAGAGGACUUCUACUGGCGAGUCACUGUUCCCAGGCAGGAGGCUGGCAGAAUUAAUCGUUCAGAUGAAUUCACUGCUCAACUCAGAAGAUUUGAGAUUUUUUGAAAGCAAUAUGUUUGUAAGAGGUUGGUUUAGUCCCUACCACAGACAGAAGAAGAUGGUGAACCCAUUAAACUCCAUGCACAUUCACAACCAAGCCUCGUUGUAUUUGGACACAUUGCAGAAGACGACAGAAGCAGUGAGAAAAGAGAUGGUAAAUCUUUAUCCCGACUCUACGGCCGAGGAGUGGAUCGAGGAACACGUCAGCCCUGUAGCGGCUCCACUACAGCGAAUUAUUGAUGCCAUCCCGGCCUGUGUAAAGGAAAUCAUACCAUGAAAGAUUCAAGACUCAUUUCAGCUUUAGCGUUGGACUAUCUGGGAUUACAACUUUCAAACAUUAAUUAGAAGCUAAGCUAACAGAAUGCUAGUGGUUGCUUAUGUUUCUUUUCCUGUGUGAUCCUGCAUCUCCAUGUAAGUUGAUGUGAGCGGAGAUAAGUGUAUCAAAGGAAAGAGGAAGGUCAUGCUUUGUUUUUCAAGAAAUGAAAGAUGAAGAAAUUAAAAAGCAAAUGAAUGCAACAAAAUAAAAAUCAUUCAACUCUU